UUUGUCAAUAUUAUUAUCAGGAUUUUAAGUAAACUGCGUCAGAGUGAGAAUCAAGUCAAGUGAUUCCGCCAUUGAAAGUCAAAAAAUUGUUUCAGUGAUUCAUUUAGUAAUUAAAGACGUAGAGAUCAUUAAGAUUGCACCAUCAAAAGCACUAGUGUCACUAAGUAAUUCUGAUAAGAGUUUGAGACUCAAAAUAACUUCAAAAUGGGAAUAGCUUGUUCAGCAGCUCAGACGGCCUGUCUGUGUGGAAGUGCAGCCUGCAGUUUUUGCUGUUCACAAUGUCCGUCAUGCAGAAACAGUACAAGUGCUCGAAUUAUGUACGCUUUGAUGUUGAUGCUGGGCACAAUAACAGCUUGCAUCACUUUGGCUCCAGGGCUUCAAGAUGUCCUAAAAAAAGUUCCAUUUUGUUCCAAUAGUUCAAAUUACGUCCCAGAUACAUUUAAAAUUGAUUGUGAAUCUGCUGUUGGAUAUUUGGCAGUUUACCGAAUAUGUUUUAUCGUCUCACUUUUCUUCUUCUUGAUGUCAGUGAUGAUGAUAGGGGUCAAAAGUUCAAAAGAUCAUCGAGCUCCUAUACAAAAUGGAUUUUGGGCAAUAAAAUUCUUGCUCGUAAUUGGUGGAGUAAUAGGAGCCUUUUUCAUUCCCGAAGGUUCAUUUGGUCCAGUGUGGAUGUACUUCGGAAUGAUAGGAGGAUUUUUCUUCAUAAUUAUUCAAUUAAUAUUGAUAAUCGACUUUGCUCACUCUUGGGCUGAAGCUUGGGUUAGUAAUUAUGAAGAAACAGAAUCUAAAUGUUGGUACGCAGCACUGUUGAGCGCAACAUUCUUCAACUACUGCUUAGCAAUUGGUGGAGUAGCACUGCUUUACAUCUACUUCACUCUGCCAUCAGACUGCUCGCUCAACAAAUUUUUCAUUUCAUUUAAUUUGAUCCUCUGCGUUAUUGUCAGUGCUAUAUCCAUUUUGCCGAGUGUCCAAGAGUUUCAACCACACAGUGGUCUUCUUCAGGCUUCCGUCGUGUCUCUAUACGUUGUCUACCUGACAUGGAGUGGUGUCUCCAACAGCCCAGACCAUGAGUGCAAUCCAGGACUGCUGGGAAUAAUUGCUAGCAAUGACAUCCGUAAACAAAACCAAGCUGCCUUCGACAAGGAGAGCGUAAUUGGUCUGAUUAUUUGGUUCUCUUGCGUACUUUACAGUUCUCUUCGCACAGCAUCUAAGUCUUCAAAAAUUACAAUGAGCGACAAGGUUCUCAUCAACGACAAUGGAGCUGUUCGCAAUGGAGACACUUCUCUAAUCGACAACGAAGACUAUGUUGCAGUAGAGGGCCGCAAUCAUGACGCUGAGUCUGGAGCUGAACCCAAGGUCUGGGACAAUGAAGAAGAUUCUGUUGCUUACAGCUGGAGUUUCUUCCACUUGAUGUUUGCUUUAGCAACUCUUUAUGUUAUGAUGACGCUUACUAAUUGGUAUAAGCCAAACUCGACUCUCGAAACAUUAAACUCCAACCCUGCUUCCAUGUGGGUAAAAAUAAUUUCAUCAUGGAUGUGUCUUGGAAUGUAUGUUUGGUCAUUAGUUGCUCCAACAAUUCUUCGUGAUCGCGAUUUUUCAUAAAUCGUUAAAUAAAAACCAUGAGAUUAAUCAAGUAUUGAUUAAUUUGAUCAAACAGCUAAAAAUUUUUUUGAUUUAAAUAUUUAAUAUGUAAUGUUACCUUGUACUGCGUAUUUUUACCAAUAUUUACAGUUAUAAUUAAUUAUUUAAGUUACUAUUAAUAUAUUUUUUAAUAAUUAACAAUUAUAAUUAAUUUAAUAAUUAAAGACUCAUUUAAAAUUACCGCGUAAGCUUGUAAAUAACGUAUCCAGUUAUAAAGUUAUAUUGAAUUAGACUUUUCAACGUGAUAAUUGUGCGCAAUAAUAAUUAAUUAGUGCCCACAAAAUACUCUUGUUAUUAUGUGUAAUAAUGAAUAUCAUUAUAACGCUUACAGAAGAAAGUAAUUAAUAAUUAAUGUCAUUUAUUUAAUCGUGAUUGUAUCAAAAUAAACAAUAUAAAUGAA